AUGAGUGGUCGCGGAAAGGGAGGGAAAGGACUCGGUAAAGGAGGCGCCAAGCGUCAUCGUAAAGUCCUCCGUGAUAACAUCCAGGGAAUCACCAAGCCCGCCAUCCGCCGUCUGGCUCGCCGUGGCGGUGUGAAGCGGAUCUCCGGUCUGAUCUAUGAGGAGACCCGCGGUGUGUUGAAGGUGUUCCUGGAGAACGUGAUCCGUGACGCCGUCACCUACACCGAGCACGCCAAGAGGAAGACCGUCACCGCCAUGGAUGUGGUUUACGCUCUGAAGAGACAGGGCCGCACCCUGUACGGCUUCGGAGGUUAAACCUGUUACUCCACCUGGAUACUAAACAAAAGGCUCUUUUAAGAGCCACACACAUCACCUAGAGAGCUUUAUUCACACUCAUUUAACUAACACUUUACAAUAGAUCAUUACAUAAUAACCCAACUGUUUAACUUACAAAUUAUGCCAUUUUGGUCCUUUUCGUAGAGUCACGGAUGGAAGUUUUUAUUAACCUAAUUUCUCCUCUUAACUCCGGUACUAGAGAAGUCUGACGGCCGCAGAAAUCUCGUCUUCUACGCAUUAAGGGCAGCAAUCGAGUUUAAGUGCCCCAUGUAACAUGUUGUUCAAUCAUCAUAUGUCCAAAAUGUAUUUUUUCAAUUUGAAAAUAGUGACAAGAAUCUACCCUUUAUUGCAGAU